UUCGUGGACGACGCCCGCCACUAUGUCGGAGACCGCGCCUGUUGCCGCUCCCGCCGUCUCCGCUCCCGGGGCAAAAGCCACCGCCAAGAAGCCGAAGAAGGCGGCGGGCGGCUCCAAAGCCCGCAAGCCCUCGGGCCCCAGCGUCACCGAGCUGAUCACCAAGGCCGUGUCCGCCUCCAAGGAGCGCAAGGGGCUCUCCUUGGCCGCCCUCAAGAAGGCGCUGGCGGCCGGCGGCUACGACGUGGAGAAGAACAACAGCCGCAUCAAGCUGGGGCUCAAGAGCCUCGUCAGCAAGGGCACCCUGGUGCAGACCAAGGGCACCGGCGCCUCUGGUUCUUUCAAACUGAAUAAGAAGCCAGGCGAGACCAAAGAGAAAGCAACCAAGAAGAAGCCGGCGGCUAAGCCCAAGAAGCCGGCAGCCAAGAAACCUGCGAGCACUGCCAAGAAGCCCAAGAAGGCAGCGGCAGUGAAGAAAAGCCCCAAGAAAGCCAAGAAGCCGGCGGCCGCCGCGGCUAAGAAAACAGCUAAAAGCCCUAAGAAGGCAGCUAAGGCUGGCCGCCCUAAGAAGGCAGCAAAGAGCCCGGCCAAGGCAAAGACAGUGAAGCCGAAGGCUGCCAAGCCCAAGGCGGCCAAGCCUAAAGCGGCCAAGGCAAAGAAGGCAGCGCCCAAGAAGAAAUAAAACGACUUGAAAAAAUUAGAGUCUAUUCAUUCAAAUAAACCCAAAGGCUCUUUUAAGAGCCACCCA